GCGAGAUCCCCUGGCAUCUGUUUGUUGCCGACGCCCGUUUGCAGUUUAAUAAGUCAAAGGAAAAAGCACCGGUUGCUCUCUGAGACUACAACAUUCCGAAUCAAUGGAACUGGAAAAUAACAAGCCUUGGUUCCCAGGCAACGUCUAGGGGCGUAGCACGCUACCGAGUUCUCCGACUAGCUCGUCCUCGCCGCGCGACCAUGGAUGAGUUCAGGUUGAGCAGGCUGAUAAAUCCCUGUACAAACCAAGCUGUUUGCAAGUUUACUGCGAUAUGUUGGCACUGUACAUCUACGUUCCAAAAAUCGCCGCUUGCCACUUGGAGAUCGUUUUGAUGAUCACACUUACCGGUUGCAACCGCUUGUUUUUAUUUUUCAGGAAAUCAUAUAAGAAUAUGGUCUGCGCAUGGGCUGCCCCCCACCCUACUUCUUCGUCUCCUCUUCUCAUCUGUUGCUGUGUCGUUGACGGCCUGUUGCUCUUCCCUCAUUUUCCUCUCCUUCUUUUGACCAGGUGUCUGUCUCUGUCUUCUAAUCGAGACUUUCUUCCAUUCAACGCCGACCUUACUUUUCACGCUCGCGUGUACUGUCGUUUUAUUUCCAUUUCAAGUCCGACUUGUACACAACUUUUGAGAAUUUUCUUCACGUUUGACUCCGCUAAAAAUGUUUACAAAAUCCAAAUUGGGACUCGCGGUUCUUGCAGUGCUUUCCCUCUCUGAUGAAGCGUUGGGUCGUAUCAGGUUGUUGGAAAGAGAUAACCGUUCUGUUCUACUUCACCCCCGGCGAUUCGGUCGGGAGAAUCCUCCAGUUAUCGAGAAGCUGUCGAAGGCUUGUGACGGCCAAGUUUGUGGAAAUUUGGCUGGUGCCGCAAUUACUCCUCUAUUAGCCGCUCAGCCAGAAUGUUCGCAACAAGACAUGGCGGACCAAAUUAUUGACGCUGCUCAGCAAUUCGAUGAAGCUACCCGGGCUAACAUGAUUGCUCUUGCCGUCGAAUACCGACAAGCUGAGAAGAACACUCCCCCGGACUUCACGACAAACCCUCCUACUCCACGUAACUCGGUCUUCUGCCAGAAGGCGCCUAAGAACGCUGAGUUGAACGGGUUGGUACAAAGUCAGGACCCCGCUAACGGAGAUAUCUUCUUCGACCCCCUAACGAAGGCAAGCGUUAAAAGGGGUGAUCAACCGAAUACAUUCCCUUUCGGUCAAUCUGCUGAUAACGGCGGCGGUAACAAUAAUGGUACCAACACAGGCAACAACAACGGUACCGAUGCAGGCGACAUUGGAGGUAGCAACAACGGCACCGAGAUCGGAACCAACAAUGGUAAUGCAGGUGGUGCUGCUGGAAACUCUGGAAACUCGUCUGCACUGCCACCUUGUGAGGCCACCGUUACCGUCACUGUUGCGCCCACUGCCACCCCUUCCUCCGGCGCCAACAACGGAAACGCUGGUGGUGCUGCCGGUGCCAUUGGAGACUUUGGUUCUUGCUCUGUUCCCGAAAUUGAGUUUGCCGUAGGAUUCGACAACCGAAAGGAAACCAGUUUCCAGCCUGUUGACAAAGAAUCGUUCGACCACGGUUCCGCUCAAGCUUUCAACAUCAUUGCUCAAUUCGUCUGCGACACCCUCACCAACAAGUGUCAGGCUGACCAAACUGCCAAGGAUACUUGCAAGAAGGCUCAGGAUGCAGGCAACGCUGCUACAGCGAAGACUGGUGCUCAGGCCGAUGCUUUCAACGCUGCCUUUGGCAAGACGACCAAUUUCGCCAACGUUCAGCCUAUCGAUGACCAAGGACGACCUGUAGGUUCUGCUACCGGUGGCGAUGGAAAUACUGGCACCGGCAACACUGGUAACAGCACCGACACAGGUGCUGGCAACGGCACCGGCAACACAGGCAAUAGCACAGACGACACAGGUGCUGGCGACGGCGAUAGUAACAGCAACGGUGGUGCUUCUGGUGCAAUUGGAGACUUUGGUUCUUGUUCUGUUCCCGAAAUCGAGUUCGGUGUAGGGUUCGACAAGCGAAAAGAAACCAGUUUCCAGCCUAUUGACAAAGAUUCGUUCGACCACGGUUCCGCUCAAGCUUUCAACAUCAUUGCUCAAUUCGUCUGCGACACCCUCACUAACAAGUGUCAGGCUGACCAAACUGCCAAGGAUACUUGCAAGAAGGCUCAGGACGCAGGCAACGCUGCUACCGCGAAGACUGGUGCUCAGGCCGAUGCUUUCAAUGCUGCCUUUGGCAAGACAACCAAUUUCGCCGACGUUCAGCCUAUCGAUGACCAAGGCCGACCUGUAGGUUCUGCUACCGGUGGCGAUGGAAACGCUAGCACCGGCAACACUGGCAAUAGCACCGAUGAUACAGAUGCCGGCGAUGCCAACACUGGCACCACCAGUAAUACAGGCGCUGGUAACACAGACACUGGUGCGGGUGCUGGUGCUGGGGGAAACCUCCAAACGUUCAACGAGGCCCUUGGUGGCGUUGCCGCUCCCACCGUCACUGCUUCUGGCGAUGAGAAAUUUCAAGUUGAGGGUAACGAUUCGUUCACUGCGCUGAGAAACGCGGUUGUUCGUUCAUGUGACGUUCAGAAUAACAAAUGUUCCAACGCAGCCAACGCGUCUGGUAACAAAGGAGACCUUACUGUCGCCAACUGCAAUGCUCAACAACAGCGUUGCAUCGCUGCGGCCCCACAGUGAUCAAUACCUUCAAGUUCGCACUAGAAUAGAUGAUACCCAUAUCUUUCAUCCGCGUGUUCUCCCCCAUUUUGUUCCAUUUUCUAUAGCUGUCAAAUAAUACAAACACGAUGAGUAGGCUGAAUCUUUGCAUGUGCUUUGUAAGAGGUAAUACGGGGUACGGAGGCUGGUCUCCGCGCG